CAUAUUAGCAUUAUGCAUGCCAUCCGGCUAAUGGAUUUUUCUUUCUUGAAGAAGAUAGGUUCAAUCCGCUAUGCUUGCAGACGAACCGUCAGUGGCUAAGCCCUGUGGAAGUACGCAUUGAGCAUAGAAAAACUGGUAUUACUCUUUCAUUUCUAAAGCGCCCUUUAGAUGAUACUAGGAGCUUCAGCUAUCCCUGUCGCCAAGCUGCAGCGGCCUGUCCCUACGGCGUUGUCCGCGCGCUCGAUUUUCCCCAAAGCAUGUAAUUGGCGCAAACACGUGAGGCCUGGCUUUGCUCGCUGGCGCGGAAGAGCGGCGUUCGUGAUCCCGGGCGCUAGUGGUGGAACGGUUGCUGCAAGCACAACUAUUCCCGAUCCUUGGCUUGCACCAUUUUCGGAGUACAAACGUCAGGAGGCGACUAUUGAUACCAGUGUUGUGCUAGCUGAAGUGGGGUCUGCCGAACUGGAUGUUGCUUCAGGACAUGCACCGCUGCCGAGCCCUUGGGACUCCGUAAACAGCGCAUAUAACUCUUUGGCCAGCAAUCGAAGCACCACCCAUGCUAAGAAGCCCCAGAGCCCCAACAAGACAGCACCCACCCAGAAUGCCACUAACGGCUCCAAUGCUGCUGCACCCACUGCUCCUGCUGAGCCAUCAGCUUCCCCACGCAGCCGCCAGCCUAGCAACAGCAGCAGCAACAACAGCACUGCCAGCAACAGCAGCAGCAUCAGCAGCGCCAGCAGUACGGAGGGAAGCGCCAGCGGCUCUGAGGGCAGGAAGCGGGCUACCGGAGAGGGGAGCGGCAGCACUGGUAGUACCACGGGUGGUGGCAUCACCGGCGCCGAGGGCGGUGCCGCUCCCAGCAACACUGCCCGCACCAGCAACAGCAGCAGCACCAACGGCAGUGGCAACAGUUACGUCGGCAGGAACGGCACUAGCGGCAUUAGCAACAACAUUAGCAACAACAGUGGCAGUGGCAGCAACCGUCGCACCAGCAGCAGGCGGGAUGCUGGCACGGAGGACACUGCUGCCCUGCUGGUGCGGCUGCGGGCGGAGCUGGAGGCCAUGACACGCGCAGCAGCAGCAGCAGCCUCAGUGGGUGGUGCUUCUGCGCCCACCUCUGCAGGUACCCAGGCCUCUGCGCCCACCUCUGCAGGUACCCCGGCCUCUGCCGGCGCCUCUACAACAGCAACAGCAGCAGGCGCCUCGACCGGCAGCAGCGGCGGCGGGAGCAGCGGCAGCACCGUUGCUCCUGCUGCUCCGAGUGCCUUACCAAUACCUCGCCCGCCACCUCCGUCCUCGCCCUCCUUCCUUGGGCCCAACACCGCUGCCGAUACAACCGCCACCGCCACCCCACCCGGCUCUAAUGACUCCAAUGCCCCCGGGAUCGCCUUAUCCCAGCCAGGCGCCAGCACCCGCAGCAGGCCCGGCAGCAGCAGCAGCAGCGGCAACCAUGAAGGAACUAGCGGCCCAGCCCGCGAGGCCUGGAUGACUCGGGCCAGGCAAGACGACAGCAGCAGCGGCAGCAGGGGCAGCAGCGAGCCUGCUGCUGCCCCCAAACCUACUCCUGCUGCUGCUGCUGCACCGUCAGGGCCACCGGAGGCGGCUCCCACGGCGUUCGCAAGCAGCGCCAAGGCUAGCGGUAGCGGCAGCGGUAAGGGCUCCAAGCCAGUCUCCUAUUCCCCGGGGCCCUCCUCCCCUCCCCCCGUUACGCCCUCCUCUGUAUCCCCCGCCUCCUCUCCCUCCUCCUCCUCUCCCUCCUCCUCCUCUCCCUCCUCC